CGUGAUAUUUAAACCGGUGUCAUUGUCGCUCAUUCAGACCGAUUCGGUGUUAAACGGAUUUUUAUACAUUUUAUUUUCUCGGAAUUUCGCGACUCAGCAGCUUGGACGUGUGGAUAUGACAGAGGUAGAUGAUGGAUGUGGAGGAAGACAUGAAGGUUCUGUUCUGUUGGAGGAUGAGUGUGAUCUCAAACAGGAGUGUGAAACUCCUACACACUCACAUGUGCGGGGUAGAGAUCCUCCAGUGGUGAUGGUGUGGAGAAAUGUGGUGCUGAUGAGUUUACUUCACACUGCAGCUGUGUACGGCCUUGUCCUCCUUCCCUCAGCUUCAGCAUACACACUGCUGUGGACUGCAUUCUGUUUUGUGUUCAGUGCACUGGGUAUAACUGCAGGAGCACACAGACUGUGGAGUCACAGAUCAUAUAAAGCCUCACUGCCUUUAAGAAUCUUCCUUGCUGUUGCUAACUCUAUGGCCUUCCAGAAUGAUAUUUAUGAGUGGGCUCGAGACCAUCGUGUCCAUCACAAAUACUCUGAGACAGAUGCAGACCCCCAUAAUGCCUCUCGGGGAUUCUUCUUCGCUCACAUUGGCUGGUUGCUGGUAAAGAAACAUCCCAAAGUCAUUGAGAAUGGACAAAAACUGGAGCUCAGUGACCUGAAGAAUGACAGAGUCGUCAUGUUCCAGAGAAGGUUCUAUAAGCACUCUGUUGUAGUGAUGUGCUUCCUGAUCCCAGCAAUGUUGCCAUGGUUCCUGUGGGCAGAGUCCCUCUGGGUGGGCUAUUUUGUACCUGCCCUUCUCAGGUACACACUUGUUCUAAAUGCCACCUGGUUAGUGAACAGCGCCGCCCACAUGUGGGGGAACCGGCCAUACGACGUGAAUAUCAACCCUCGGGAGAACCGCUUUGUCACCUUCAGUGCCAUCGGUGAAGGUUUCCAUAACUACCACCACACCUUUCCAUAUGAUUACGCCACCAGUGAAUUUGGCUGCAGGCUGAACCUCACCACCUGUUUCAUUAACCUCAUGUGUGUUCUGGGUCUGGCUAAAGACUGCCGUCGUGUCCCCACUGAACUGGUCAUGGCCCGUGUGAAACGCACCGGGGACGGGAGCCAUAGGACUGGAUAAGGAAGACACAAUGCAGAGAUUUUAUGUGGAUGGAGUCAAUACCUUUAGCUCACCUGAGGACCUUCAACUUCCCAUAUGCUGGAUUAAAUAUUUUGUGCAUUAAACAUAGAUGAACUAAA